UCAUCCUGAUAGUUUUUGUUUGUUUUGUGAUUUAGAAACUUUCAUAACAAAUAUGGAGAAUUUUCUUUCCACAAUUUUAAGUUUUAGAUCUAGUUAGAUAGAUUUAUCUAGUAUAGUAAGUGUAGCCUUCGGGAUUGUGCAGCUUUAGAGGAGUAGCAUAGUUUCAAUACAAAGAACAUACACAUUAUGAGAAAACUAAAAUAGUCGCUGUAGCCUCUUCAGUGUGUCAAUAAUCAAACUUUAGAAAUGAUUGCUUUAUCUGGACCUUCAGGAUUCCACGGUGCCCCGGUGACCAAGUUUAUCCUGUGUCAUGCCUUCAUGACCUAUUUGUUGUUUUCGUUUCCGCUUCAACAUUUUCAGUAUUUAUUUCGCUACAACCAGGAAGUAUUGGCCACCAAUCAGUUCAAGAGAAUGUUUUUUUCUAAACUGGUUUUCUUGGAUCUACCAGACCUCCUGUUCACUGCCAUGUUGAUCUACAAUUUUAGAAUGUUUGAGAGAAGAUUUGGCUCACGAAAAUUUGUGUCACAUUUGUUAGCCACACUUCUGCUGGGAAGUUUGUUAGAGUUAAUGGCCUUUGCAGUUCUUAACAGACUAGAAAUUAGAUUAGGGGACAUGCCUACAGGAUUGUUCAGUUUGGUGUUUCCUUUGUAUGUCCCACUCUACUGCACUGUGCCUCGAGUAGCUCUGGUGACUCUUUUGGGGGUUCCUGUGACAGGAAAGACUAUCAACUAUAUCCUUGGUCUGCAGAUGGCUACAUCUAGAAUAGAGAACCUUGUGGUGGUAGCCUGUGCUCUGGUCUCUGGGAUAUUAUGGAGAGUAAAUUUCCUCAAGAUUCAAAAGUUUCUACAGGUUCCAAAACUUGUGGGCAAUCAGUUUGAUUAUUGCCUGGGUAGAUUUCUGGAGUCUCCUGUGUCUAAAUCCCUUGCAUUGCCUAUGGGAGCCACACUGGAGUUGCAGCAGAGGGAGAGGAUGGAUCGACUGGAACAGCAGAUGAUGAUGUCUGCCUUACAAGCCAGCAGACGUGUAGAGAUUGGUAGACCUCAGCCAUUAGAUUUGGCUGCAGGGUCAAAUUUAUUUGACAGCUUGAAUAUGAAUAGGCAUAUACAGCGCAGUCAGUCAGGUGCUUCACAUAACAUUGGUGAUAAUAAUGUUUCAGAAGAACAGGUUCGUCGAUUUGUUGAAAUGGGAUUCAGCGAUGAACGUGCACGUCAAGCUUUAAGGUCAGCCAAUAACAACCCCACCCUAGCAACCAACUUUUUAUUGCAGAAUAUGUAGGAUAAUCUCCAGUGCCAGUGCAGCAGGUGUUGGUGGCAACUUCAUAAUAAAACGAUUGGUUACCAUCGGCAUAGGAUUUGUCUUUUUUUUCCUAUCAUAAUCAGAGGCAAUGUUAUUUAACUGACGAAAUAGCUGUUGAUGUGGUUUAAAGCUAGUAAAAACUCUUUGAUUUUUGUUUCACUUUAAUAUUGGGAUGUAAACUUUUGCGUAAGCAGCUUUUGAAUAUUCAUUAUUUCAUGAAAGAUUUAGAUAAUGAUUAGUCUUUAAUCAAACUUUGCUCUCUUCAAAGAAGAUUUAAAAUUGUAUUGCAUCAAAAAUCUCACACCAAGUAUAUCUUGCUAUAUACCAUUAAAAAUUGAUGUUGAUGUUUGCAUAAUUGAUCAACUUCUGUGUUAUUUUUGUUGAAAAAAAAAUUUUGUUUAAAGUUAUUGUUUUUUUUUUUUUGGCUGUUGAUAUUUUUUUUCUUUAGUAGUUGAUUUAGACUGUCCACUUGAUUUUACAUUUGUUUCAUUUUAAUGUCUUUCAUUUUCUUCAUCACAAUAUUGGGUUUUCUUUGACAAAGUUGGCAGUUUUUAUGGUUGUUAUAAAUGUAUUGUUAAACUGUAUUUUUUUUUAACUCAUUGUCAAAUUACAUGUUUUACUCCAUUUGGAGAGAAGAAUAGGUUGAAGGCAAAAGUCAGUACAUCCAACUAUAAAAGCUUUUGAUUGGAAGUGGAAAUCAUUUAACUUAUAUAUAAAGAUGAAGAAUUUGAUUUAUUUGCUACUUUUAUAUAGUAUAUUCCAGACAGAAUAAUUUAACAUAUUAAUUUUUCUUAUAUAGAAGUAGGAGUUUAACUAUUGUUGUUUUUAAAUUACUUUUGUGUAACACAUUUUUCAUGCUGCAGUGUGUUUGGUGCCCUAUAGUCCAAUUUCUUUUGCUGGCUUGUAGGGGGGGGGGGAGAUGGUAUCUGGAACGUUUGCCUUUAGGUGCUCGGCAAACAAUGCUCAGCUCGAUUCAGGAUUUGAACUUGAGCCCCCUUGAUAGAUAGUCAAGGAUUUGCCUCUCAGCCAUGUAUCCCACAUGUUGGGAAGUAUGUUGUUUUAGUAAUGUUAAACUGUUUUUGUUAUGAAACAUCCAUAAACCACUUUUGUUUUUUUUUUAAUUGUUGUUGGGUUGUUGUUUUUUUGGAAGAUAAUUUAUUUCUUUUAUCCGAGCUACUGAAUCAGCCAGGAAAACUAGCUACGUAGCAAAGUUUAAGUCACUGAUUAACAUGCAUGACUAGAUUGACACAUGAAAUGGAUAGUAUGUAAUUAUCUUCUGUUUUGAAGUAACGUCUGUAAUCUGUAAGAUACGAAGAGGGUACUGUUUUCUUUGUUUCACGGCGAAAUAAUAAUAUAAUGAAAGAAUAAAAUAAGGGAAGUAAACAAUUUGAUGUUUGCCAAUCGGUUGAUGGAGGCAUGAAUAAAAGAAAACAUCUCCCUUUUUUUUAAAAUGUAAACAUAGGAAUGAGAAAUGUUUAGUUUAUUUAUAUGUGUCAAGAAAUGAGUGACACCAACAUUUACUGUUGUAAAUUUUGCAUGUAAUGUUAAAGAGAAACUGGAAUAUGAAUGUAUAUUUUGUGUGCUGUUUUACUAAUUGGUUGCUUUAAUUAUGUAUUGUUAUUGCACAUUGUAAAACAAACCUAAUUUCCUCACGGAUAUGAAAGGUUAUUGUUAAUAUUAUUCCUUUUAGCAUUUAGAAAUUCAUUAAUGUAAAUGAAACAAUGAAAUUUUUAUUUUCAUGGGACGGGAUUAAAUUAAAUCACAUUUUUUUUUUUUUGCUUUAUUUUAUUUUUAUAUUUAUAAGUAGACAAUAUGACUAACAGUCCUCCAAUGUGCAUCAAUGAAGUUGACCAUAGGCUUAGUGGAAAAAUAAACCACCUUUGUCAACAGAUGGUGCAUGCUUAGGUGUACAGCUAGUUAUAAUUGUCAUUAGCAUGUUCGCAAUUAGGAAUUGUUGACACUGUAAUUUAAUAUAAUUGUUCCCCCCCCCCCCCCCCCCGUCACAUUACCUGACUGUCACAGUACUGUCACCUGAUGGUUCUGAGUUCAAACCUUGCAUCUUGCAGCAAGUUUGGGCUAGAACUCAAUUUAUAUUUCUGAUUGAAUGCCUGACAUAAACAAAGAUGUGUCCAACUACCUUCAUUUCACAUAUUUACCUGCCUUUUUCCUGAAUUGGCCUGACUUUGAACUUGGUUAUGCGCUUAGCAAUUAUGUUUUUGGUCUCAAUGCUCUUAUGCUACUUCAGUAGCCAUGAAUUAAAAAUGUUAAUUUCUAUCAAUAUUUAGUCGUGUAUUACACUUCUAAGAUGGUUGUUUCUAUCUGGGGAGAUAAUAAGUAGCCCUUGAAAGUUUCCUUUCUGAGACACAUUUCUCCAGUUACCGAGAGUUGAAUCUAAAAAGCAAUACUAUAUAUUACAUUUGGCAUCAACUCGGAUGCAGGAGCCUCGAAAAGGAAAACCAUAGUAAUCACAAACUGCUAAGAUGCUCUUGAUUUUCACAGACUCAGAAAUAACAAAGAUUUACUGCUGCAGGGGUGAAUGUCUGUAUAGAAUAGAAAAAUUCAAGAAACAUGCAUAUAGGUAACCCUGCCCACCCCUGACCUAUAUGCAUGUUCAUUGUAUUUUUUUGAUUUUCCCACAAGGUUUAUUCUUGAAACCUUAAAACCAUAAGGAAGAUGGAAUAUAAAAUUAAGAGUGCCUGUUCUCCUAAAAAUAAUAGCAUUCAGAUGUGGAUCCGAAUCAUCGGCCCAAUUCUGCAGGUUUUUCAGGGGUGCCAGGUAUCUACCGACACACCUCUGGUUUUUAUACUAAUCUUAAGUAAGACAAAGAAGAAACAACAACUAGAUAUGAUGAAUCAGCUGUUAUAUUCUGAAUUGUUUUGUGCACUAGCCAAAUACAACUUUUUAAAUGGACUAUUAACUGAACACACCUUUGUUCUGAGGUCAAGGAUACUGUGUAGUAGCCUGUGUGUGAUGAAAAUGUCCAGAAUAAAUACCAUUUGUUGUUAAAAUGUGUUAUCUCAUAUCUAUUAACAUUUUAUCAGGACCACUCUGAAAUUCUAUAUGUUAAAGCCUUCUCUACUUGAUGUACAAAGUCAUAGGAUCUGUUGAUUGUGAACUCAUUUUUCUAAGUCAAAGUUUGUGCUGUCCCUUCACUAGAACUUCACUUCACUUAUGUGUUCCAUACUUGUUAUCAUUUAUAUACUCUGUUCGCAAAUAAUAAAUAUUCUAUGCUUGUUUUUUUUUUAAA